AUGGAUGUUAAGACUGUCGUAAAGGCACUGCAGCGAUAUACUACUUGCGAUGUCGCCGAUGCCUUGUCAAAGCUCAAAGUACCGCAUGGCGGGUUCCUUGCAGAUCUGACCAUGUGGUCACCAAAACGACAAGAAGGCUCAACCAAGAUUGUUGGGCCGGCUUACACUGUCCGCUACGUGCGGAAGAACUACGAGAACGAGCCACAGCCGAAAGGCCACUAUAUUGAUAGCGUGCCAUCCGGUGCAGUCUUGUUCAUCUCUGCGCCUGCAAAAGCGAUCAAUGCCUGCUAUGGCGGGCUUAUGAGCACGAAAGCACAAUACAACGGCGCUGUGGGGACGAUCGUGGAUGGACGGGUACGCGAUCUUGAGGAGCAUCGUGGCCUCAACUUUCCGGUAGUGUUCGCUCGCAGUGUCGGAACCACUGCACCUGCGGAAACGAUGCGGGUAGCGCAGAUUAAUGAACCUGUCCGGUUGAACAGCGAGGAGCAAGAUGCCAUCGUUCAUCCGGGAGAUAUCUUGAUAGGUGAUCUGAACGGUGUUGUGUGCAUUCCACAGGCGAUGGCGGAGAAAGUGCUGGACUUGAUACCGUCACAGGUGGAGGCAGAUGAGAAGGUGGCGGCGGAUGUUAAGCAAGGGAGACCUUGCGCGGAGGCGAUGAAGGAGCACCGAGCGGGCGUGAAGCAGCCAUAG